AUGCGAUCAGAGAAGAAAUCAUGUUCGCCACUCCUCUUUGACGAACUCAUCAAGGAAAUCUUGUCUCGUCUUCCCGUGAAACCUUUGAUCCAAUUCAAGUGUGUGUACAAGGGAUGGAACUCCCUGAUGUCAGAUCCCUAUUUCAUCAAAUUGCACCUUAACAAAUCUGCUGCGAAGGACGAUUUGGAACACCUUCAACUGAUGAAAAAUGUCUGCCUCGGAUCCAUCCCUGAAAUCCACAUGGAAUCGUGUGAUGUAAGUUCAUUAUUCCAUUCCCUACAAAUUGAAACGUUCUUGUUCAAUUUCGCAAAUAUGCCAGAUUACCAUCUGGUCGGUUCAUGUAAUGGGUUGCACUGUGGGGUUAGCGAAAUGCCAGAAGGAUACCGUGUUUGUUUAUGGAACAAGGAGACAAGGGUGAUAUCCAGGGAAUUGCCAACGCUGUCUUUUUCCCCGGGCAUUGGUCGUAGAACAAUGUUUGGGUUUGGCUAUGAUCCGUCAAGUGACAAAUACAAGGUUGUAGCAAUUGCAUUGACUAUGCUUUCACUUGACGUAUCUCAAAAGACUGAGAUGAAAGUUUAUGGCGCGGGUGACAGUAGUUGGAGAAACCUUAAAGGUUUUCCUGUUCUUUGGACUUUACCUAAAGUUGGUGGAGUGUAUCUGAGUGGAACCCUUAAUUGGGUUGUUAUUAAGGGAAAAGAAACCAUUCAUUCUGAAAUCGUAAUUAUUUCUGUUGACCUGGAGAAGGAGACUUGCAGAUCACUGUUUCUUCCCGACGAUUUUUGCUUUUUUGAUACAAAUAUUGGAGUUUUUAGAGACUCGCUGUGCGUUUGGCAAGAUAGCAACACCCAUCUUGGCUUGUGGCAGAUGAGGAAGUUUGGAGAUGACAAGUCUUGGAUUCAAUUAAUAAAUUUUAGUUAUUUACAUCUUAAUAUUCGUCCUAAUGAAGAAAAAUCGAUGAUUUUACCAUUGUGCAUGUCUAACAAUGGAGACUUCUUCAUGCUGAAAUUCACUAGAAAUGCUGAUGAUGAAUACCAAACAAUUCUGUAUAACCAGGGGGAUGUUUAUCUAUUCUGGAUAAAUGUACCAAGUUACUUGCUUAAGGGAAUAGAAGAGAAGACUGCCAAGUUGAAAGGAAGUGAGAAGGAGUUGCACGGCAUGAAGCUAGUCAUGCUAUAUGUGGAUGAUGCUUGGACCAAGUUACUUGCUCUGGUUAUCAGACUCCUGGUUUAA